UUAUUCUGUUCAGAAGGAAGUGUGUGUGUACAGAUAAAAUGCUGGCAGCUGACAGAGCCAGAAUUGAUGUUAAUGGCUGGGAAGACAGGGCAAUGUAGCCAGUUAACAAAAGAGCUUGAUCUGUGCAGAAGAUGAUUUUGAACAGAUACACACGUAUAUAGAAAGCAAGAUUAAUUUAGAGACCUUUGUCAUUAAAGCAGAUUUUUGUAUGGUUUUGUGUGGGAUUUAAGGGGGAUUAAAUGUUUGACAUCACUUUGCCUGCACAGGCUAUGUUGAAGAGGUUACUGAGCGGGUGAUGGAGAAUUUAAAAACGCGCCUUUGCUGAAAGAGAGGCAGCAAUGGAUCAGAGGAAAGCAGCCUGGCCAGGCAAACUGCCCUACCUACCACAGUGCUGAAAACAAGGUGCUUCUGGUUGGACAGCAGAUGCUGCAGGGAUGUAGAGCUGAAGGAAUACUGAUGAUUUGCCAAAAUACAAGGGGAACUCGGUGAGGACAUCAGAACUGGGAUGCCCCUGUCUUCUCUCUUCAGGGAUGCCUUGCUUCACAUGCAUCUUUUGUCUGCUAUGCCGUUUCUAAAGGUUAAAAACACUAACAAAUAAGAAGUCAGCAAGGUGGAUUGGAUGAUCAGGCACAUUCCUCUUUUGGAAGAGAUGGUCCUGGUCAUGAAACUUCUGUUCCUCACCUGCCUAUGGCCAACAGCAGUGCUACACAGUUCUCACAGUCAGCAUCACCGUCUUCAUCGUCGGCAACCAGUGUCAUUCUCAAGAAAACAUAACAGCAAACGAGAAAUUAAAAUGAGGAAACUUGACAGCACGAAGGUCCGACCACUCAAAUCUGAGCAGCUUCUUCACAUAGAGGACCAUGACUUUGCACUGAGACCUGGAUUUGGAGGGUCACCAAUACCUGUGGGCAUUGAUGUGCAGGUGGAGAGCAUUGACAGCAUAUCUGAGGUUGACAUGGACUUCACAAUGACUUUAUAUCUCAGACACUACUGGAAGGAUGAGAGACUCUCAUUCCGUAGCAACAAAAACAAAAGUAUGACUUUCGAUGGACGGCUGAUAAAAAAGAUCUGGGUGCCUGAUGUCUUUUUUGUGCACUCCAAAAGAUCUUUCAUCCAUGAUACAACCGUGGAAAACAUCAUGCUCCGAGUGUACCCCGAUGGCAAUGUCCUCUUCAGUCUGAGAAUAACUGUUUCUGCUAUGUGCUUCAUGGAUUUCAGUAGGUUUCCUCUGGACACACAGAACUGUUCUUUAGAACUGGAAAGCUAUGCAUACAAUGAAGAUGAUCUGAUGUUGUACUGGAAACAUGGCAACAAAUCCUUGAGCACAGAUGAGCACAUCUCCCUCUCCCAGUUCUUCAUUGAGGAAUUCAGUGCUUCCAGUGGACUUGCAUUUUACAGCAGUACUGGUUGGUACAACAGACUUUUUAUCAACUUUGCACUCCGAAGACAUAUUUUCUUUUUUGUGCUGCAAUCCUAUUUCCCAGCCAUGCUGAUGGUGAUGCUGUCUUGGGUUUCCUUUUGGAUUGACAGAAGAGCUGUUCCUGCCAGGGUGUCAUUAGGUAUAACUACAGUGCUGACAAUGUCCACCAUCAUGACAGGAGUAAGUGCCUCAAUGCCUCAAGUGUCUUACAUAAAGGCUGUGGAUGUGUAUUUAUGGAUCAGCUUCCUUUUUGUCUUCCUGUCAGUCAUCGAGUAUGCAGCGGUGAACUAUCUCACCACAAUUGAAGAGAGAAAACAACUCAAAAAAAGGGGCAAGGCUUCAGGAAUGUACAGCAUGGAUGCAGUGCAAGCGAUGGCUUUCGACGGCUGCUACCAUGACACGGAUGAGGACAUGGACCUGAGUCCCUUCCCAGAGCCCUGUGAGGAGAAUGAGACCAGGGCAAGUCAAACCAACAUCUCCAAUGCUGACACACCUCGCUUGAAGAGGAAGAGAUCUCUGAAGGGAAACGUGAGCAGGAUUAUUUUACAGAACAAUCACGUUAUUGACACGUAUUCCAGGAUUAUAUUUCCCAGUGUAUAUAUUGUGUUCAACUUUUUUUACUGGGGUUUGUACAUAUGAACAAAAAUUAUUAUGAGCUAGACUUUAUUUUGUUUAUGAGGGUUGCAUCGUACUUCAAAAAUAAUGCAACAGCAGUAGAAGAAAAGGUUACAAUUUUCCAAAAGAGACUUCUGCAUCAAACCUGACCUGGUUUGGUUAGCAGCAAAACUCUUCGUGAAAAACUCUCACAUCUCUGGGUUCUUUUCCAACUGGACUACGCAGAGCUUCACCGGGGUGACCCCAUGCACAGGCUCCACUGCAGUAGCACAGCAGCUGUGUGCUCACUAAGGGAGCCCUUUGUCACCCCCUGUUUUGGUCAGCAGUCGGCACCAACCGCUGUGGGAUACCUUUGGGAUAGCUCCUGUCCUUGUCUCACUUCCUGCAUUCCAAUUUUCCUGGGCAACCCCUGUGCACCUCAGCAGCCUCUGCCCUUGGAUGGGAACCAGGGGAAAAAUUAUGGCUUAGCAGUGCAGUAGGGACCAGCAGGAGGCCAGGCUGAUGGGGCUUUGUAGACUGUGCAUCAGCAGCGCUUCAAGAAAACCCUUCACCCUUGUCAGCUGUCCAUAACUCUCCAUGCUUUGAAGAAUCUGGCUCACCAGUCCCUGAGGCAGCACAGGGACAACUUUCCAGACCCUGUGCACUUGCAGCCACUUCCUAGGUGGAUGAGCAGCACCUCCAGCAUGAGCUGUGUCCUUCAUGAGUUCACCUCUACCUCACCUCUACCUGCUGUAAUCCCCUGCUUCUUGCAGAACUCUUUGGCUUAGAAACACUUUGAGGCAGACAUUUUAGACAACUUUGUCAAGAGAACAAACCAACCACGCCUUCGGUUCUUCUGCUUUCUGUUGCAUGUAAACUUGGGGUUUUGCCUCCCUCCCUCUCGCUUUGGCUUUUGAGAUUGAAUGUUCCAGUGAGGAGAAGCUGCGUCUGCCCCUUGCAGCAGUGAUCCCCAGCAUAGUUCCAGGAAAUAAAAGGAAACAGCUGUGCCAAAACAGAGACACAUACAGGAAACCUGUCAGUCUCAGAUGAAUCCUGCGUGAAAUAUCCUUAGGUUCAGGCUAAGGAGGCUGAAUUAAGGAUGUUCAGGGAUAAACACAGAAAGUUUUCACAGCUCCAGAAAAGAAUCAAGAUUACUUUUGUAACUUUCCCAAAUAAGGAGCAUUUUCCACUAAAUUCCUUGGGGUUUUCUGUAAUUUAAUGAGCUGUGUUUAUAUUUACAAAUUGAGAUCAAAAUCAUAAUUUUGAAGUUCAAAAUGAUCAUUUGGUGACAAAAUGCAUCACAAGGUAAAUACUUGGUCAAGUUUAUUGGUCAAGGAAGUGGGAAUAAAUUUGGAAGC